AUGGAUUACUUGGGAGUAAAUGAAGAUGUGCAGGACAGACCGAACAAGACUUUUGAGAUGACUGACAACAGUAUGAUGGCAGAAGGAGAUGAAACUCCAGAGAAAAGACCGAAGACUCAAACCACUCUACACAAAGCAGCCACUCCGGAGAAGUUCCAGGCACGACUGACAGUAGCCGGUGAUGAGUCAUACGACAACUCCAACGAAUCUCAUCCCCUCAGCAGUCUGGACGAGCACUCUGCCGACAACUCUGGACCUUCAGCUGGAAGGAGCAAGAUUGCAACCCCUCUGCAGGAGAACAAGAGUACAGCCAGUGAUGCGUCGUCUCUGAGCAAGAACUCAAUGCUGCAAAACAUUCAUCAUAGCCACAGGAAACAGCAGCAGGAGACAGAUUUGAGCGGACUCACGAGCACGAGCAGCGAAGACCCCAACGAGAUGAAGCCUACGCAGCCUCAGGAGGUGUUUACCCGGGAUACCCAAUCACGUGACAACUCCAGUAGAAGCGAAGAUCACGAGGCCAGCAACAGGGAAGGGGAAAAUAGCCGGCAGGACAAUUUACAAAGUGUAAAUGAACUGACAGUGAAUGAACGAAGUGUAGUUGAUAGUGACCGGACUCAAGACGCAUCGAGUGCAACUAUCCAGAGCCUGGAAGUGAGAGAGAACUUGAUCAAGUCUGGCAAUGAUGCAGAGGAGGCCAAUGGAGGGACGGACCAGAUGGGGAAAGGUUCAUUGGGGGAGGAGGGAGGGAGGAACAAGGCAGAACUCAGUCCGGCAUUCGGGGGUAACUGCUGGCAGAGGUGUUUCGGGGGAAAAUCCAAGUAG